CUCCAGGCGGCUCCGCGUGCUCAGCCCGCUAUAGCUGCUUCUGCCGCUGCUCCGAGGAGCUGGUGCCAGGCAGGCGGGCGGGCGGCUCCCUGCACCCCUAGCUCAGGGAGGCAUGUCUGAUGAGCAUACUGUGCGUGCUGCAGUUGCAGAAUCUGUGUCUGGCCCUGUGCUCUUGAAGUCCUACACAGCCCUGCCCAACUGCUCUCUGGAUGAUAUCCGCAUGAGCACUGCCUCCAGCCCUGUCAAGGACGAUCUCUAUGUUCCAGGAGAAGGUAAAACUGAGAAUACUGAAAGAAAGGCUCCUCGGGCAGAAAUGCAUCAGUCCAAAAUGGGGGAAGCCGCUCAUGGUGGAUCCCCAGGAUUGACCUCUUCAGAUGGUCGUGCUCUGUGGACCGUGCAUCGGGAUGGAGAAGUCCAGCUAAGGAUGGAGAAGUCUGGCUAUGGGAGUGAGACUCCGAUGACUGUUCAUCAGUUCAUGAGGGAAGCUGUCAUGAAAUAUGGAGAUUACAUGGCCCUUGGAACAAAAAAGAAAGAUUCCUGGCACAUGCUGUCUUACAAAGAAUAUUACCUAGAGUGUUGGAAGGCCGCCAAGUCUUUUCUCAAGCUUGGCCUUGAGCGCUUUCAUGGCGUGGGGAUCCUGGGAUUUAAUUCCGCAGAGUGGCUCAUUGCUGACCUUGGCACCAUCUUCGCUGGGGGAUUGGCUGUUGGCAUUUACAGCACCAAUUCUCCAGAAGCUUGUGAGUACGUCAUUAACCACUCUCAGGCCAACAUCUUGGUGUUGGAGAAUGAAACACAAUUACAGAAGAUUCUCCAGGUUAGGGAAAAAUUAAGUCAUCUGAAAGCAAUUGUCCAGUACAGGGGGCAGAUCAAAGUGAAGAGGCCAGACCUUUAUUCUCUCAGCUGUCUGUGUGCCUUCCCCUCCUCUCUCCUGGUACAGUGGGAUGAAUUCAUGGCCCUGGGAGAGAGUGUGCCCGAUGAGAAGCUGAAAGAGGUCCUUGACACCCAGAAGCCAAACCAGUGCUGUACACUGAUCUAUACCUCGGGGACCACCGGGCCACCGAAGGGGGUGAUGCUCAGUCAUGACAACAUCACAUGGACGGCUAGCAUGGCGACAAGCAGCCUCACGUUGAACUCCCCCCCGGAGCAGCAGGAGAUUGUGGUGAGCUACCUCCCCCUCAGCCACGUUGCUGCCCAGAUGAUGGACCUCUGGUUACCCAUGAAGAUUGGGGGCACCACCUACUUUGCUCAGCCCGAUGCCCUCAAGGGCACCUUGUCUACGACAUUACGAGAGGUGAGGCCCACGGCCUUCCUGGGAGUGCCCCGGGUCUGGGAGAAGAUGCAGGAGAAGAUGAAGGAAGCUGGUGCCAGUUCUUCUUCAUUUAAGAAGAAAAUAGCCGCGUGGGCCAGAGCCAUUGGUCUUCAGACACACAUGAGACGGAUGAACAGGGAGACACAUUUUUCCCUGAGCUACCAUCUGGCCAAGUGGUUGGUGUAUUCCAAAGUCCGUGUUGCCCUGGGCCUAGACCGCUGUGUCCAGUACUUUAGUGGGGCCGCCCCAAUCACCAAAGACACCCUGGAGUUUUUCCUGAGCUUAGACAUUCCUGUGUGUGAGCUGUACGGCAUGAGCGAGAGCUCGGGACCCCACACGAUCACCCACCGAGACUGCUUCAAGCUGCUGAGCUGUGGGAAGGUGAUACAUGGUUGUAAGAACAUGAUACAACAGAAGGACAAUGAGGCCAUUGGGGAGAUCUGCUUCUGGGGCCGACAUGUCUUCAUGGGCUACCUGGACAUGGAAGAGAAUACCAGGGAGGUGAUUGACGAAUGGGGCUGGCUUCACUCUGGAGACCUUGGGAAAGUGGACAGCGAUGGCUUCCUUUUCGUCACAGGCAGAAUCAAAGAGCUCAUCAUCACCGCCGGCGGGGAGAACAUCCCUCCUGUCCCCAUUGAGGACCGGGUCAAGGAGAAGAUUCCAAUCAUCAGCUUUGCCAUGUUGGUGGGCGACAAGGCCAAGUUCCUCAGCAUGCUCUUAACCCUUAAGUGCCAGGUCAACCUAGACACUGGGGAACCUCAAGAUGACCUUUCACCCGAAGCCCUGGAUUUUUGCCAGAAGUUGGGGAGCAAGUCAAAAAAAGUGUCGGAUAUUGUAGAUGGCAAAGACCCCCUUGUUUAUGAAGCCAUUGAGAAGGGCAUUGAGGCAGUCAACAAGGAGGCCACCUCCAAUGCCCAGAAGAUCCAGAAAUGGACGAUAUUAAAUAAGGACUUCUCCGUUGUUGGUGGAGAGCUGGGUCCCACCACAAAACUGAAGAGGCCCGUAGUGACCAAAAUGUACCAGGAACAGAUCGAGAGCUUCUACCAAUAGCUUCAGGCCAACCAACCAGCAGCUGCCCAUCCUUGUAAAACUUUAAAUUUUUCCAGGCCUGUAGGCUGUGCAAUGAACACUUCCAAUCCUACAGACUGGUGCUGAUGUCUCUGUCCAGGCCCACCUGUCCGUCUGAGGGACGUGUUUCUCUGGAGUGAACGAAGAGAGAAUAUUCUUAUUUGUACACAUGUCCAUUAUAUCUCUGGGUAUUUAGCCGUCCACGUGGUCUGAGUAACUUCCUUGAGCUUGAGAACCUGGGCUUUGGUGGGUGGACCCCGCUACCUCGGCUCCUUUCUGCUGUCCCCCCGAGGGGGAGCCUGUGGGUCAGAGCACAUAAAUUAUUUAUUCUUUACCAAAGUUUUUCGGCAUUGAAUGUCAAGUACCUUAUCUGCCUGCAUCCCGCAAGGAGGGAGUAGAGAUGUGGGUAUGGGCCUCUUGUAUCAAGCAGGGAACUUUUGACAUUAAACAUACAAACCUCUCUCCCUUUCCAGUUUUCUCAGGGUACAUCCAAAGGAAGAGGGGGGCAUCACAGCAUCCCAGCAGGCAAACAGGGAUCUCUCCCUCCCUCUCUCCCCAGUUUUACCAGCAUGAUGUGUGUUCUUUACAGUUCCUUGGUAGGUGGCUGUCACUGGGCUGCAGUCUGCACAACUGAUAUACUUGUGGGUUGCUCAGCCCCUCUGGCUUUUCCCCCUCUCUGCCCAGGCCCUCUAAUAAACCAGACCAGCCUUACUACAUCAAUGUGACAGCCAAGCCAGGGACCAGAUGAUCUUGGAGAGACCAUGGGUAGGUAUCUGAUACCAGCAGUUUAUUCCCCCAUAGGCCCUUUGCCCCCUUAAUACAGCCCCGUUAUACAGUUCAGGGAUUUGACUCCUUUCCUGGAAUCUGCCAAAGACAAAGCGGAGUAUGGAAUAAGGGGCCAUUUCAGGAGGAUGGCAGCCAGUGGGAUUUCGAGGUUGGGAUAGCUUUGUAUAGGUUAUGAUUUUUGCAUAGGAUCUUGGAUUUGGAAUCAGAAUGACGUUUGGUGACCACUCGUCCCACUCUGUCAUUUUACAGAUAAAGAAAAACUGGGGACCAGAGAGGGGAAGUACCUUCCCCGAGGUGACACAAGGUUGUAAGGGGCAGAGGCAAGAUUCAAACUCAGGUUCUCAGACUGUAAAGCCCCUGCUCUUUUUCCACUGUAGCAUGAUGCCUCCCUUUCCUUCUCCAGUUCUAAGUAGAUCAGUGGGAAACUUCUCCCUGCUUUUGACACAUACUAGUGGUGCUCAACUCUAAAAUGAUGGGGCUGAACGAGAUGGCGUUCAGCUCUUCACCUACAGACCCCAUUUUAGGAUCAGGAAAGUUACGGAGUCCAGCCAAUUCCUAAUAAGGUAUUGAUGAAAUUUUUAGAAAGGAAAUUGUGCCUGGAUUCUCUAACCCUUUCAAAGUAGCAGGAACCCAGAGGAGUCCCUAGCCUUUCCUCUAUACCAGCAAUGGGUAAGCACCAUCAUAGCCAUGAUAGUUAACAUCUAUCUAGGGCUUGAAGGUUUUCAAAUGAUUGUCUUAUUUGAUCUCUCAUCUGUGAGGAAGGUGCUGCUGUUAUUUCCAUCUUAUAGAUGGUGAAACUGAAGCAGGGACAGAUAUAGCUAGUGUCUGAGGCUGGAUUUGAACUUGGGUCUACCUGCCUCUCAAGUGUGGCACUGUCCCCUAUGCUCCUCUGGACUGAGCUUUGGUAAGUGCAUCCAUACCCUUUGUGAAAGCAUGGGACCAGCAAAUUGGAGGCACCUUGCUGAAUUGAAAGGCUUGUGGCUUGAGGGGCCUGGUGAGUUGUAUCAGCAAGUAACAGAUGGCUUGGCAGGGGCCUUGUUCGUUUGGAGGGAUCUUGUCUGGGGACAAGGCUGGCCUUUACCAGGUAGCUCAGGAAGCCAGCAGUUAGCCCUUGGACUACCUGAGACUUGUAUCCUCUGAAAUGGAUGGUGGAGUUCAGAUGUCACUGGGCUCACUUUCCAUGAGUGCUGUCAAUCAAUAAAGCAUUUCUUUGACAAGUU